UCGUGCAGCGAACACAUCACAAAGACGGUAGUAACAGAUUGAGACUCUGGAUCAAAAUUCUGAAUCUGUCACUUUACAAUGAAAGUGUCCCAAUGGAAUUAAAUUCAUCAGACUCCCUCUGCAAUGACACAAUUGCUUGGGUAUGGCUGUCUUCUCUCCAACCACCAUUUCUGGCUCUUGUCAUUAUCCUGGGAGUAGUGGGCAACAUUCUGGUCCUCUGUGUGUUCUGCAUCCAGCGGAAGCCUUGCAGUGUAGCAGAUGUGUAUCUGGGUAACCUGGCGGCUGCAGACCUCAUCAUGGUACUUUGUUUGCCCUUCUGGACGGUCACUAUUGCCCAAGGCUAUCAGUGGAACUUUGGUCAACUCAUCUGCAAGGUGGUGAACACCGCAAUCUCUAUGAACUACUACUGCAGCAUUCUCUUCUUGGUGCUGAUCAGCGUGGACCGCUACCUUGCUCUGGCCAAACCCAUGAAGCCCUGGAAACUUAGACGGCCUGUAUGGGCCAAGUAUAUCUGCUUAGUAAUUUGGGCAGUGGGCUUCCUGCUUAGUCUCCCAGCCCUGCUCUUCCGAAGAGUCAAAUUGUUUCCAAACGUCGAGGUGGAUGCCUGCUACCUAGUUUACCCUCAUCCAGCCUGGGCGCUCCAAUGGAAUCUUACAAUAAACGUGAUUGGCUUCCUGGUUCCUCUGCCGAUCAUUUCAUUUUGCACCUUUCACAUGGUCAGGGCACUUAAAAAUGCUGGUGUGGGGAUCCGACCAAGUGUACAAACAGAGAGGAAAGCCACCCAGCUGGUUCUGACAGUUCUUGUUGUGUUUCUCUUCUGUUGGACGCCCUUCCAUGUGGUGCGUUUCCUAGACACUCUAGACUACUUUCAGCUCUUACCUGGGUGCCUGUGGGAACACAUCUUAGGGAUCAGUGUACAGCUUGCUUCUUACUUGGGGUACAGCAAUAGUUCAAUAAACCCUUUCUUGUACGUCAUAGUAGGGAGUCACUUCAGGAAGAGAGCUAAAGGGGUUUUUAGAAAUCUUCUCUCUCCUAGAUGGAAGGACAAGGCAUCUGUGCUCACAAAUGUCACUGUUAAUAGUAAGUGGAAUGACAGUCUCAAAGGAUCACAAGACAAAAUAACAUCACUGGUCCUGAGACCUGUAUGUGCAAACAUUUCACACGUUUAAUCUUUUACAAAUACCUAAAAUAAAGUUUUAGCUCUACUGGUAAAGUAUUGCACUAACAACAUGAAGGUCAUGGGUUCAGUUCCAGGAAACGCACAUACUGAAAAUAAAUGUAUAUCGUGAAUGCACUGUAAGUCACUUUAGAUAAAAGUGUCUGCCAAAUGUUCUUUGAAAUAUAAAUGGUUUCUUAUGGCACCAUAUGUGUUUUUUUAUGAUUGUGGUUAUCUAUAAAUUAAUAAUUUACUUGUGUAUUGAUUGUCAAUAACGUAUGUGGAAAAUAAAAUUCAUUAGGUGUGAUUUUAUUUCUAUAGUGUGUACAGUAUAAUGGAUUUCUUUUCUCAAGUGUGCCUUUGUUGUUUGGCUUUUGUUGUCUAAGGUAUCAACAGCCAACAGUGCUGGGUAGAUUACUUCUGAAAUGCAAUCCAGUACAGAUACAAGUAAUUUGUAUGAUUUCAUUAUCCCUCAUUUUGUGUCUGUUUAAAAGGGAGACAAGGACUGUGAUUUUUAAAUUGAGUUGGUAACUCUUACAUGGAAUUGAAUUAGAGGUGGACGUGGACAUAACAUAAUUGAGUGGGUACUGAUAAAUAGAGGUAUAGCUGAUCAGAACGGAUUUCUGGUAAGUAUUACUUUUUGAGUUGUUAUUAUAAUUAUCAUGUUUGUUAGUGAGUGUAUCACUUGUAUGCAAGUGGUGUGGAUACGGUAACUCACAUAUUGACACAUAUUUGUAGAUGUGACUGUGCACAUUGUGUUUGGGGUUUGAGGGUGGUUGCAUGUAGUGUGGGCUGGUCUUGUGUGGCUCUGAGAAAUCUCCCAUUUCUCUUUCAUGCACCUGGAAUGCAGUGAGAGUGGCCAGCGUUGUCUAGCAGACUCUGCCUUACUCUUUAAUGAUGUUUUUUUUCUUUGUUCUUGUUUUUCGUUUUUGUAUUUUGUUUUGUUAUAGACUGAUAUUAAUUCUGUUUAUUCUAAGAGUUGAUUUUCUUUUAAGAUAGUUACUAUUUGUAUUAAUAAAAAGUGUUGUUUGAUUUUCGAUUCAUGCCUCUUGCUUUAUUAUUCUGUAAGAGUUGUGAGAUUAGACC